AUGAGUGGUAUCUCCCCCUCUGCAGUAGGCUCUCCUACGACAGUGGCGGAUGUGAUGGAGAAAUGGGUUGACAUUGCUGGUCUGGACGACUUAUAUCUUGGCUACGUCACUUCACCGAACUCUUUUGAAGAUAUCGUAGAUCUGCUUGUGCCAGAGUUACGAAGACGUGGCAUCUAUCCUGAUGCUCUGGAACCUGCUUUGACGUUGCGCGAAACCGUCUAUGGCAAGGGUCAGACUCGACUAAGGGACGGCCACGUGAGCAGUAAGUACAAGUACGAUGUGUAUCAGGAGGACAAGCCAUAUGUCGAUAAUGGCCAACGCGGAGAGAAGAGUUCGGAGUAAUCAUACGAGCUUU